GUUGAUGCACAUACUGGUAGGAGCCUGUCGACAAAAACCCUUCUGGAAAAAUCAUGCAGUCUGGCUGAAGCCCUUCGUGCUUAUGGAUGCACCAAAGAAACUACCAUCGGUAUUGGCAGUGAGAACAACCUAGAGUUUUUCGAAAUCGUUUUGGCGUCCCUUUUUGCUGGUACCAUCCUGGUACCGGUGAGUGUGAACUACACCACCCUAGAGCUCAAUCACACUCUGAACAUCACACAACCACGUUUAGUAUUUUGCUCUAAGAGAGCUACUUCAAAGUAUUUAACUUUAAAGAAGAAAAUGAACUUCAUAGAAGAGGUGAUUGUCAUAGACAGCGAUGAAGAUGUUGGGGGAGCAGUUUGUUUGAGAAAUUUCGUAUCCAAUCAGUUGAAGGGUAGAACAAUAUCUCCAUUCAAUUUCUUGCCCUUCGACGGAGACCCCAAGAAGAGCAUUGCUUUCAUUUUGUGUUCAUCCGGAACCACUGGCAUGCCAAAAGGUGUUAUGCUCUCACACAGUAACGUUGUGACACGGUUACUACAAUCAAGGGAUCCUGCCUAUCUAUCGAAAUAUACAAGAGUCCUUGGUCUGAUGCCGUUUUUCCACUCUUAUGGUCUCAUUUUUGGCCUCACUUCAAUUUUCAAUAGACACCUAACUGUGAUGAUGGAUAAAUUCCAAGAAGACUUCUUCCUCAAAUCCAUACAAGAUUACAAAAUUGAAGUUGUGAGAGUGACACCUCCGUUAGCAAUCUUCUUGUCCAAAACUCCCAAAAUACAAGACUAUGACCUAUCCAGUAUUGCAGAAAUAUUCUGUGCUGCUGCACCACUGAGCGGGGAAACUGAAGUUCUAUUGAAGGAGAGGUUGAACGUGAAAAUCAUCACCCAAGCGUACGGCUGCACAGAAGGUACCCUAGCUCUAACGAUAAUGAACAAAUCAGUAUACAGACCAGGCUCUUGUGGCCAAGUCAUCACAUACAUGACCUGCAAAGUGCGAAAUCCAGACACAGGCAAAUGUCUUGGCCCCUACAACGUUGGCGAGCUCUGCUUCAAAGGACCUUCCGUAAUGCAAGGAUACUACAAGAACCCCAAAGCAACCGCAGGUUCUUUCACCUCAGAUGGUUGGCUGAGAACAGGCGAUUUAGGCUACUAUGACAGCGAUAAUUACUUCUAUAUCGUUGAUAGGCUCAAGGAACUCAUCAAGUACAACGGGUAUCAAGUUGCACCUGCGGAACUUGAGGCUAUUUUGGUCAACCAUCCACAUGUCCUUGAAGCAGGGGUGGUCGGACUUCCUGACGAGCGUGCUGGAGAGUUGCCACUUGCUUUUGUGGUCAGAAAAAAUGGUGAUGAUGUUACCGAGAAGGAGCUGCAAGAGUAUGUUGCAGGUAAAGUUUCGCCACAGAAAAAACUCCGAGGGGGUAUAAUAUUUGUAUCGUCUAUUCCUAAAAAUCCAAGUGGAAAAAUUCUGAGGAAGGAACUGAAGAAACAACUCAAGCAAUAUAGAAAACUUCAGCUAUCAAAGCUCUAAUUCAUUGAUUGCUGAGACGUU